CAAGCACUAUAUAAACCCUAAUUAUAUCAUCACCAAAAGGACGCUAGGGUUUGCUGCGGCUUGUGAACAGGGGUAUAAUACACAACACAGAGCUCCAGUUUCACCUCCGUCUCCGUCACCAUGGGUCGUAUGCACAGUCGCGGUAAGGGUAUUUCAUCCUCAGCUUUGCCUUACAAGAGAACUCCACCAAGUUGGCUGAAGAUUUCUGGCCAAGAUGUGGAGGAUAACAUUUGCAAAUUUGCAAAGAAGGGUCUGACUCCUUCUCAGAUCGGUGUCAUUCUUCGGGACUCUCAUGGUAUUGCUCAAGUCAAGAGCGUGACUGGAAGCAAGAUUUUGCGUAUCCUUAAGGCUCAUGGACUUGCCCCUGAAAUUCCUGAGGAUCUGUACCAUCUUAUUAAGACGGCUGUUGCAAUUAGGAAGCAUUUGGAGAGGAACAGGAAGGACAAGGAUUCCAAGUUCCGUUUGAUUCUUGUUGAGAGCAGGAUCCACAGGCUUGCACGAUACUACAAGAAAACAAAGAAGCUUCCUCCUGUCUGGAAAUACGAGUCUACCACCGCCAGCACCCUUGUGGCUUAAAGCAAGGUUUUGCCUCACAGUAGUAUUCAGGGUUAUCUUGUGGUGGCAGCAAUACUCUUAUGAGCAAGAAUGUUUUCAUUGUCUAGAAUAUUUCAGACCUAAGACCUUUAUUCAUAGGUUUUAAAUGAUUUUGUUUUGUUUGCGAGAACUUGGAAGAGAAAUUUAAAACUUGUUAUGUUGCUGAAUAUUUGCUUGUUCUUUGAGCAUUUUUAUUUUGGAU